CACCGGAAGUGACCGUCCCAGGCAGAGUUGAAAGGUCGACAAAGUUGGUUAUUGUCGCGCUAAGCUAGCUUGUUACUAGGAUUUUUUUCUUACAUAUUAUUUAAAAAUGUCCGAUACAGAAGAAACGACAGAGAUGACUAUUCCCUGUGUGCUCGUCACCAGCUGUGACAGCGGUUUUAAAGAAGAGGAUCUAAUUAAACAGAUCCUCAGCACGAAGACUUUGCCGGAGCCGACCAAGCAAGAAGAUACGGUGGUCUGGUAUCCCUGGGAAAUCAAUAAUAAAUACUAUACAGCGGAUGUCAGGCUCUGUGUCGUACCGAGCACUUUCCAAAUGUCGUCAGAGAUUGCACAGUCCACUCAGGCUUUCAUCGCUUAUUUUGACAGUUCAGUGAAGGAUGGUUUGGAAAAGCUUCACCCUUGGAUAUCAGUGGUGGAAGAUCUUGCUCCAGAGGUUCUCAUCCUGGUGUGUGACCAAGUCAGUGAAAAUGGGGUCAGCAGACAUGAAGCACAGCAGUGGUGUUUGGCUCACACCUUUGAGCUGGUGGAGCUCAAUCCACAGGAGCUGCCAGAUGAAGACGAUGACUUUCCAGAAUCCACUGGAGUAAAGAGAAUUGUUCAGGCUCUGAAUGCAAACGUGUGGUCCAGUGUGGAGAUGAAGGAUGGACACAAUCAGGGUUUUGGUCUGAUGAGUAGUUUGGUGGCCUCCAGGCACAACAAUCCACGCAGCUGCCAAGAACCAGAAUCUUCCAGCUCGCCAGUAGAGGGCACACUUGUUAAUGAGGGCAAUCAAACGGAAACUAGUACAAACACAUGCACACGAGAAGCCACAGUAGUAGAUGCAAUGACAGACUUAGACAUUCAGGAACUCGCUAAUCUGACAGCUGGAGAUGCAGAUGUGGAUAACUUUGAACGCCUCUUUACUAAAUUAAAAGAGAUGAAAGAAAAAGCUUCUUCAUUACCACAUGAGCAGAGAAAAGUUCAUGCAGAGAAGGUCGCUAAAGCAUUUUGGAUGGCCAUCGGUGGAGAUGUAGAUGAGAUAGAUGGGUUGUCAUCGGGUGAAGAAAGCUAAAACCCGUUCUGAUCCUCGUCCUCUCCUGGGACUCCCACCCACAAGAUCCAGAGAACUUUCCCCUGACUCUUGCACUUGGACAGUGCAAAUGCUUGCAGAUGGGAUUGUAGACAUAGACAUAAUAACAUUGAUUGUUAAAAUUCAUGCAAUACUUGUGUAUGGUGAGACACAGAUGAAAAUCCUUGAGUCAGGAAAGAAUGCAGGUGGGCCAGACCAUAGUUGGGUGCUAUAAUUUUUGCUUUACUCCCUGAAAUGAAUCUCGACACAUUUAU